UCUCGAAAUUUUCACAAGAAAAAUAAACAUAAACAGAACAAAGUUAGAGCGAGACGUGUAAAGAGUGGUAGAACAACGCAUUUAAUAUAAUUGCAACAUUUCAUUGAGAUGUUGCAAUCGCACAGCGAAAUCGCAGUUCGAAGAGAUAAAAAACGAAUAUAUAAUUGUUGAGUAUGUUUGUGUACGUUAAGCAAGUGUAAUGCGUAUAAAAAUAACUGCAAAUAACGAUCGAAAAAAAUACGAAUGAAAAUGCUCGACAGGGAAAAAGUUAUUUACGCAUUAAGAACCAGUCGGGUUAAAUACAGUUUCACAUUGUUAUAAUGUAUAAUUAUAACGACGCGACAGCGGCAGCAGCAACAAUAUCGCAUAAGAACAAAGAACUCCAGUGCAUUAACUACCAAUUGGUAUAACAACAACAACAACAUUAACAGCAGCAGCAGCAACAACAACAAGCAGGGCAGCAGCCGCAGUGCGACGCAUAAUUUCCUGCUUACCCACACAUAUACACAAGCAGACACCAAAGAGCGUGUGCUGUUGUGCGCGUGGGAAGGGGACGCCGUAACGGCCGGCCAACAAAGAAAAAUAUCUCCACACAGAUAGAGAGAGAGAAAGAAAGAGGGCAACGACAGCAAUUCGCGGCGCAUAAAAUGACCAAUUCGAACCAUCGUAAUCAUCGAAUCGAUCUAUAAAGCAAAAGCUAAACCAGAAAUCGAGAGAAACGACAAAAAUAAAGCGAUUUAACAGCCAAGUUCCUGGUGCAAAGCAAAACAACUAAAACAAAAACAAUCAAAAAGUGCAGUUGCAAAACACGAUAAGAGAAGCGUUUAGCAGCGACAGCGAUAUUCACAAUUAAUUAACGCUCUUAUUUGAAGAGAGCUCGCCGCAGUCUCUUAUCCAUAUAUUUAUGGUUUGUUUUCUUAUUAAGCAGCAGUAAAAAAAAAUCACAAGCAAGAGCGGAGAGGAGAGGUACGUGACGCGACGUACCAAAAUACGCAAUUUGUGAAUAAUUUAAUCGUGCAUUCACACGAAGACACGCAAACGACCGCGAACAACGGAACACGUCUCUCUCUCUCUCUCUGUAAAGAGUUGAAGCUGCUGAAAACAACAACUGCACAGCAGGCGAAGGCAAGACUAAAGCGACGCUGACGUGCGCCUGCUCGCACACUUGCGAACAACGCUUGAUGUUUGCGCGCAGUGGGAUUAGCGCUGCGCCCAAUGUGGGCAGCGGCAGAGGCAGCGCCGACGAUGGCGGUGGCGGUGGCGGCGUCGGCAGCGGCAGCGGAGGCACUGCCGGCAGCAUUGAGCUGCUGUGUCCGCCCAGUGGCAGCAGCAGCAUCAGCGGCAGCUUCAGCAGCAGCGGCGGCACCAGCACAACGGCAACUAACAGUACUAGCGUGAGCGCGUCAACGCCGGCGUCAGCUGCGGACUCGCUUGGCGACGGCGGCGAGAACAACAACAAUGCGAAUGCCAAUCGUAAUCUGAGCUUACAACUGAGCAGCAACAACAACUAUGCGAACAACAAUAACAAUAAUAAUCACAGCACAAACCUAAUCAGCGGCAUCUGCAGCAGCAUUUGGCGCACAGCAACCUUUGGCAGCGCUGCGCCUGUCGCUAGCAUAACGGCAGCCAACAGCGGCAGUGGCAGCGGCAGCGCCGCCAGCGCCAGUUACUCGUCCUCCAGCGCGUCCUCGAUUUCGCCAGCCGCCGCCGACGAGGUGUGCGUUGUGGAGCAGCAGCAGAGCAGCAACCAGCGCACGGUGGCCACCAACACCAACAGCAAUGCAGCGCAGCAGCAGCGCACACAAAUACAAAUGCAGCUCGACGGGGAGCAGGACGAGCCCCAAACAUUCCUAGGCGCCACCGAACUGGACGAUGAGCUAAUCAAACAACUGCCAAAGGAGGUACUGCUGCGCGUUUUCUCCUACCUGGAUGUCGUCUCGCUAUGCCGCUGCGCUCAGGUGUGCAAAUAUUGGAAUGUGCUCGCCCUGGACGGUUCCAGCUGGCAGAAAAUCAAUUUGUUCGAUUUCCAACGUGAUAUUGAGGGCCCGGUAAUUGAGAAUAUAUCGCAAAGAUGCGGCGGCUUCCUCAAGUCGCUUUCGCUACGUGGUUGUCAAUCGGUGGGAGAUCAGUCCAUCAAAACUCUAGCGAAUCACUGCCACAACAUCGAACACCUGGAUCUGUCGGAGUGCAAGAAGAUCACAGAUAACUCAAUCACAGACAUAAGCAGAUACUGCAGCAAGCUGACGGCCAUUAACCUGGACUCCUGCUCGAACAUAACAGACAAUAGCCUCAAGUAUAUAUCGGAUGGCUGUCCGAACCUGCUCGAGAUCAACGUAUCCUGGUGCCAUCUAGUAUCCGAAAAUGGGGUCGAGGCUCUGGCGCGCGGUUGUGUCAAGCUGCGCAAGUUCUGCAGUAAAGGUUGUAAACAGAUUAACGACAAUGCCAUCACGUGCCUGGCCAAAUACUGUCCCGAUCUAAUGGUGCUAAAUCUACACAGCUGCGAGACCAUCAGCGACUCGUCCAUACGGCAGCUGGCGGCGUGCUGCCCCAAGCUGCAGAAGCUGUGCGUGUCCAAGUGUGCGGAACUAACUGAUCUCUCGCUGAUGGCGCUGUCCCAGCACAAUCAGCUGCUGAAUACACUGGAGGUGUCCGGCUGUCGCAACUUUACGGACAUUGGCUUUCAGGCGCUGGGCCGCAACUGCAAGUACCUGGAACGCAUGGACCUGGAGGAGUGCAGCCAGAUAACGGACCUAACGCUGGCCCAUCUCGCCACCGGCUGUCCCAGCCUGGAGAAGCUGACGCUGUCGCACUGCGAGCUGAUUACGGACGACGGGAUACGGCAUCUGACCACGGGCAGCUGUGCGGCGGAGAGCCUAUCGGUGCUCGAAUUGGACAACUGUCCGCUGAUAACGGAUCGCACGCUGGAGCAUUUAGUUUCCUGUCACAAUCUGCAGCGCAUCGAGCUCUUCGACUGCCAGCUCAUCUCACGCGCGGCCAUACGCAAGCUGAAGAACCAUCUACCAAAUAUCAAGGUGCACGCUUACUUUGCGCCCGUGACCCCGCCAGCCGUGACGACAGGUCACCGGCCACGGUAUUGUCGCUGCUGUGAGAUUCUCUGAGAUACGGCCAUUGGCUUUGCCAGACGGAUAAUGCGCAAAUCUGCCACGGACUGAUGCUGGCCUCUGUGCAUCGUUGUGAUUGCCAUGCUCGUAAGCCUGAUCCUCAUCGCGAUGCUGUAUUCCUUCGGUCUGCUUGACAGCGUCUACUGAAUGAAGGCGGGCACCGAGAAGACAGCAACACAAACACACACUCACACUCACACACACACACACACAAAUAUAGCUGUGUAUAAGCAAGAUUCUAAUAUCGAUAAUUAAGGAUCCGAAACGAAACAAAAGAAAACAAAGCAAAUUGUAACACGAAAUUCGUAGUCUUAAAUGUACCCAAGCUAACUUUUAGUAUUUAGUUUGCGCGAGAGUUUCAAAAACUCAACUUCAACAUGUAAAAUUGUGAUUAUUUUAUUUAAUAAUGCUAAGCUGUUAUGUUAACUAGACAACCUUUAAUUCUUUUUGUUUCUCGUAUGCAUUAUGUGUAUUAUUAGAUAUUUCCUUUUUUUGUUUGUGUUUCAUUUUGUGUUUAUCUCUCACCGAAUUCUCAAUCAAUCAACCAUGCUACCAAACAUGUCUGAAGUAUGUACAUAAAUACAUAUGUAUGUAUCUACCCUGUAAUAUUCUCUGCGGGUAAGCUCACAGAUAUACAACACACACACACACACGCAUACGCAUACAUGUACUCAACCAGCUUGAAGCGUGCAUGUUGUUGCUAUAAUUAUGAUUUUAAUAAGUGAGAGCAAGUGCAUAUUUUACUAUAUAACUGAGAUUUUAAUCAAGUCUAAACAUGUCGAUAGAACCACAAAGCGUUCACCCACACACACACACUCACACACUCAUCUUGCAGUCAGUGAAAACUUUAGGCUAUUUCCGAAUAACUGUUGCUAUAUUCCGGUUUUUUUUUUAGUGCCAGCUAAAUCAUAUUUAAGCAUAUAUUUAACCUAGAGCAUUAUACUUAUAGUUAUACUUAUACACACACACAUGCGUACGUAUUAUGUAUGUAUGGCUGCACACACAAUGUCAACGAAAUCCAAAUUGUAUAUUACACCAGAACAAAUCGAAACACAAAUAAUAAACAUUAACAAAGGGGAAAUAAAAAUAACCGUUCAAGUGCAAGCAUGUCUUUUACACACAAACAAAACAAACAAACAGAUGGAUCCACGUUUCUAAAACACAAAUCUCUCAUACAAUAUAUAUGUAUACUUAGUACAUAAAACACAUGAUAAAUAAAUCUAUAUAU